UUCAAGUUGAGGCUCUUUGGCCAGUGUCAAAAGAUGUGUGUGUUUGAUGCUGUUUCUCUCUCUAACUAUCAAUUCCUCAGCAAUGUCUCUCUCUCCCUCUCUUCCCCGCCUAAACUCUUCCUUCAUAUCCAACUCUCGUUUAAAGCUUUUCUCUUCUCCCCCCAAAUGCACAGCAAGGAUCCAACGGCCACCCUCUUCUUAUCCAUGCAUCAACGCCAUAGAUCUCGACCAAAACACAGUGGUGGCAAUCUCUGUCGGGGUGGUCAGCAUUGCGGUGGGCAUAGGAAUCCCAGUGUUCUAUGAAUCCCAAAUAGAUAAUGCAGCAAAGAGGGAGAACAAGCAACCAUGCUUUCCAUGCGAUGGAACCGGCGCUCAGAGGUGCAGGUUUUGCAUGGGUACUGGCAAUGUGACGGUGGAACUCAGUGGGGGCGAGAAGGAAGUCUCACGGUGCAUCAAUUGUGAAGGCGUAGGCUCCUUGACUUGCACCACGUGCCAAGGCACUGGUAUUCAACCUCGAUACCUCGAUCGCAGGGAAUUCAAAGAUGAAGACUGAAAAUAUCAAAACCAAGAACACACCA